UCGCCCGGGAGAUCCCCGAGACCGAGGCCGCCGCCGCCGCCGCCGCGCCAUGGCGAUCGCAAGGCAAGUGCUUUGUCUGUGUGCUUUCCUGUCCGUGCCGCACGCUCGCGCCGAGCCCAUCCGCUACUCCGUAGCCGAGGAGGCGGAAAGCGGCUCCCUGGUUGGCAACCUGGCGGAGGACGCGGGGCUCACGCCGGAGCAGCUCUCGGCUCGCCGCGCCCGCCUGGUCUCGGAGGACGGGCGGCAGCAUUUUCGCUUAGACCGCGCCUCCGGCCGCCUCGUCGUGGCGGGGAGGCUGGACCGGGAGGAGCUGUGCGGCCACUCCGGCACCUGCAUGCUCCCCUUCGAGCUGCUGCUCGCCAACCCCCUGCAGUUCUUUCGGGUCGAGGUGGCUCUGGAGGACAUCAAUGACCAUUCACCCGUUUUCCCCGAGGAACAAGUCAUCUUUAGGAUUCCCGAAACAAGCGACUGGGGUUCGCGUUUCCCUCUGGAGGGUGCUCGGGAUCUCGAUAUUGGCAGCAAUAAUAUCCAGACAUACAGCAUCUAUCCCGAGAACGGGUACUUUAGUGUCUCCUUUGGCAGUCGAAGUGAAGAUGACAAAUAUAUUGAACUGGUCUUGGAAAAGCCACUAGACAGAGAGGAACAGGCAGAGAUGGAUUUCAGUCUCAUUGCUGUGGACGGUGGCUCUCCUCCCAAAAGUGGGACCACCCAAGUGAAAAUUGUCAUUCUAGAUGCAAAUGACAAUGCUCCCAUCUUCACACAAGAGUUGUACAUUGGGCAGGUAUUAGAGAACAUGCCAGAAGGCUCUGUGGUUCUGAGUGUGCUGGCAACAGAUCAGGAUGCCGGAGUUAAUGGGGACAUUUCCUAUCAACUCAGACAGGCAGUGGGCCAGAGCGACUCAGCAUUUGUGAUUGAUCCCAUAACCGGUGAAAUUAAACUCACAAAACCUCUGGACUUCGAGGAUUCAGAGCAUCACGAACUCCGUGUGAGGGCCACAGAUGGUGGGGGACUCUCAGCAAUCUGCAAAGUGUUGGUGGAGGUGGUGGAUGUGAAUGACAAUGCCCCAGAGCUGGUGGUCAGUUCCUUCAGCAGUCCCCUCCCCGAGAACACAGCGCCCGGCACGGUGGUUGCCCUCUUUACGGUCAGGGACCAGGAUUCUGGUGCCAACGGGAAGAUCUCCUGUGCUCUCGAGGAUCAGCUCUUCUUCUCCCUGCGGCCAGCCUUUAAGAAUUACUAUGAGGUGGUGACAGUGAGCGCGCUGGACCGCGAGGAGACGGCUCAGUACAUCCUGACUGUCACAGCAGCAGAUGCGGGGUCCCCUCCCCUCACUACCACGCAGACCUUCAGCGUGGACAUCUCGGAUGUCAAUGACAAUGCCCCUGUGUUCAACCAGACGUCAUACACCAUGUAUGUGCGUGAGAACAACGUCCCCACGGUGUUUGUUGGAGCCGUCAGUGCUGCAGAUGCUGACGUGGGGCUCAAUGCCAAGGUGACCUAUUCCCUGGCCCCAGCCGAACCGGCAGAGCGGCCUUCCUGCUCCUGCAUCUCUGUGAACUCCGAGAACGGACACGUCUUUGUGCUGCGGCCCCUGGACUACGAGCAGUUGAGGCAGACCGAGGUCACAGUCAGUGCCUCUGACGCGGGGUCUCCUCCCCUCAGAGCCAACGUCACCCUCCGCCUUGUCGUGCUGGACGAGAAUGACAAUGCCCCGCUCGUGCUCUACCCAGCCCAGGACAGCAGCCCACCGUCCAGUGAGCUGGUGCCCGUGUCGGCUGAGGCGGGCUACCUCGUCACCAAAGUGGUGGCCGUGGAUGCCGACUCGGGACAGAACUCGUGGCUCUCGUACCACCUGCUGAGGGCCAGCGACCCCGGGCUGUUUACGGUGAGUGCCCAAAGCGGGGAGGUGCGUCUGAGGAGGCCGGUGACAGAGAGAGACACCGUGAAGCAGAAGCUCGUUGUCCUGGUGAGAGACAACGGGAAGCCCCCACUGUCAGCCACCGCAGCUCUGAGCGCACUCGUGCUCAAGGACUUCUCAGACGUGCGCCUCCCGCCCAGCAGUGCGGCCACAGAGGAUGAGGGCGGCUCCCUGACCACCUAUUUAAUCAUUUCCUUGGUCUUUGUCUCACUCCUCUUCCUCAUCUCCACCGCCGUCUUUGUCGCUCGCAAGGUGUGCAAGAGACAGGAGCUGAAGGCUGGCCAUGUGCUUUAUGGUGCCGACAACUUGCAGAGCGGCCUGGCCGAUGCAGCCGCUGCAGGGACCCUGCCCCACGCCUAUUGCUACGAGAUCAGCCUCACAACGGGCUCGGGCAACAGCGAGUUCAAAUUCCUCAAGCCCAUCCUCCCCAGCCUGCCACCACAGCACAGCGCCGUGGGCCAGGGCCCUGAUGAUGAACAGGAUUUCCCCUGUGUCCCUGUGAGCACAGAGGACAUGGCACCAGACAACCCUGGGACUCUCUCUGCAGGACACUUCAACACUCUUUCCUUUAAGUAGCACAGGGUCUGCACAUCUGGAUGCUUCAUGGCUCAUGGGAAGAAGGAUCCAGGCUGCAGCCUGUGGCAACGGUUCCUCUAGAGUAAACCCGUGUUUCCAAUUGGCAUAACCAACUUCCUACAAAUUCUAAGUGAGAAUAAAAGUUGUCUCCGACUCAAAAAAAAAAAAAAAAAAAAAAAAAAAGAAAUUAUAAUCACCUGAGGUUCCUUCAUUUAGUCAGUAGUGUGUUUCACCUGGUAGAGGCAUUUCUGAUAAGCUGUAAGGAUGUGGUUAGCACUCCCAUCUAAGUAGUUAUGUCUCUUGUUGUCUGACAGGGCAGUGGAUAUUUUUGUUUUGCGCUGUAACACGAGGUCACAGUUGGCCAAACAAAUCAUAUCCUCACUAAAAUGCAAGAAGGCUUUUUCCCAGCUCUGGAAAGUGAGGAAGCUGUGAGUACCGAGUCACAAUGUCGUGUGAGCACUAGGCCCUUUGUUCUCUGGGUUCUGGAUGUCCCUGUCUGAGACAUGUGAGCUCUGUGUGCUUGCUUUCUUGUCACUAUGUUUGUCCAUGCAGACCUUGUAUGUCUGCAUAUGCUUCAGUCGUGCUGCCUGGUGAAGCAGAGAGACUCUCCCAUCCGGCCAUUGCAGCAGAGGUAAUUCAAGCUCUGUGGGCAGGAAGGAGAUUUUGACCUUUUGAGUACAACUGUCUCACCUUCUCUAGCUCAAAGUAGAGCAGCAAAAUUCACAACAAAAUUUUCCUUUAGCGAACAAGAGUAGUUUGGGUGUUCUGUACCUUGGGAUUACCUUGCAAGUACAGCAGCACAGACAGUGUUGGGGUAGACUGAACGGAGUUGUGAAAACAUAUUCAUUGUCAUUGAGUGCAUUGCAUAAAAAUUCCACAAGUCCUUAAAAGACAAUUAUCGGAACAUAAAAUCAAGCAGAACUUGAAAAAAGGACAUUGAGUUUGGUCUCCUCAUUGUUGUUCCUGAAUCCAGAAGCUUCUUGAUGGGAGUAGAAACCUGUCCCUGUGUGAUUUUCAGGGUUUGUGUAAGAACAAUUGCAGUCCCGUUUUUGCCUUUUUUCCUUCUACUCUCUGAAGGGUAUUUGAGCAUUAUCUUGCCUGUUCCUCUACAGCAGGACUGCCACCCCAUCUAUAAUAACUGGUUGUUUGAAUGAUGUCCGUGAUGCAUGGAAUAUUCAGAAAGCCUUCCUCCCGCUGUGUUGUGCUGAAGUUCCACAGUUUAACACUGUAAGCUUGGAUAGCCCUGAGUUUAGAAAUUGAAAAAAUGUGUAAGACUGAAAUAAAGAGAACAUCCUCACUCUUUUUGUGGACACAGAA